AUGCCGGACAUGCUAGAACUUCACUAUCCAAUGGAAUCCAAGGCAGUGAAGUGCUCAGUGCGGAGUGUGAUGGAGGACAAAGAGAGAAGCCUCCUAGGAGCCUGCUUCAGGAGCGUCUUCUUGCUUCCUCCGAGAGAGCAAUUAGAAAUCCUGCGCCUUUCCAUCUACCAUGCGACCCUGUCAGCCAUGGACAACAUGCUACACAAGGUGGUGCUCAGCUAUCCUGCCUCCAGGGUCAGCGAGGGGCUGCAGAGUAUCUUGCAGAUGCUCUUGGAUUUCACCACCUUGGACAACGUGGCUGUGCAGGAGAGGGCCCUGGAGAGGAUUACCCUCCUGAGCCACUUUCUGGCCGACAAUCCCACGGUGGAGGCCUGGGACCACGCUGGAAGGGACGUGGACAGGCUCGUCUGCUACAGAAACAUCCACCUCCCAGUCCUGGGACGGCUGCUGGGAUAUCUCAUCCUCUUCCAGUCUUCCAGCAAAGCCACAGCCCCUCUGGCUUCAGAAGCUUUUCGUUUCCUCCAACAAUUCAUGGAGAAUCAAAAGAGCCGCUCAGUGAUAAGGGAUACAGCACCGCAGCUGCGUUACAAAGAUGGAGUCAACUACUCACAGUGUGCAGCUGCCAUCAUAAACACGGUAAGGAGCUCCUCGCUUGCUGGGACUCUUCUCCAUCGCAUCGGCAGGGCACUCGUGAGAUCCAUCCGCGGUAACCUGGAACACAUCAACACGGAGUCACCCCGCCAAAGCAUGGAGUCACUUCUUCUCAUGCUCGCCAACCGGAGGCCCGUCACUGUGCUCACGAGCCUGAUGAAGGUCUCUCCACCAGGAGACAGAGACCUCAUCAAUCUGUCAGAAAAUUUUUACUUGGCAAGAAAAAUGCAGGCCCUCCUGCCGCGCAUCGUAGACAUGCUCAAGUAUGAUGACCCCGAUGUCACGAUGACGGUCCUGGAGCUCUUCAGAAGCGUGCUGGAUCACAUGACCUGGAACAAGGAGAGCCCCGUUGCUAUGCUGCUGGAGAAGAAGCUCACACCCCUCUUUGACCAUUCAGUGGUGGGGAUUGAGCAGAAGGUGAUGAAGAGCACAGUGUGGUCGUUGCUCAUCCCGCUCUUCUUCCACAUGAGCGACCAGGCCUACAACGUGGCCCAGGAGGACCCCCAAGGGGAUAUGGAGAUGCCAGGAGGAACCCAAGGGACCAUGGGGAUGCCAGGAGGACCCCAAGGGGCCAUAGGGAUGGCAGGAGGACCCUACAGGGCCAUGGGAACCCUUGGGACCAUGGGGACCCUUGGGACCAUGGGGAUGGCAGGAGGACCCCCAAGGGGAUAUGGAGAUGCCAGGAGGACCCUAUGGGGCCAUGGGGACCCUUGGGACCAUGGGGAUGGCAGGAGGACCCUACAGGGCCAUGGGGACCCUUGGGACCAUGGGGAUGGCAGAAGGACCCCACGGACCCACAGGCACAUGGACCCCAUGGGGACGCACCCCCCACCCAGGUCGCCACGAACCCCUCCCAACCUGGCCGUAGGGUAA